GCCGUCAACAACCAUCUUUGUCACUCGAGUUCUUCGUUGUAUUCCUAGAUCUAACAGAAUGUCGUCCGGAAAGUUCAUAGUCGUCUUCAAGAAAGACGUCUCCGCCGAUACGAUUGGCAAGCACGAGCAAGAGCUCAGUAAUGCAGGUGGCUCGAUUCACAACAAGUUCGACUCUAGCAUUAUGAAGGGCUUCUCUGCCACCAUCCCCGAGGCUUACCUGCAACAGCUCCAAAGCCUCCAAGGCAGCGAGAUCGACUACAUCGAGCCCGAUGGUGUCGUCACGACUCAGUGAUCGACCGAACCAUAUUGUGUGUCCACCGAAUGUAUAACAACCUAAGGGAUAAUAGGUGAUGGAUGUUGUAUGAACGCCUGGCGAUGCGGCGAUCAGCAGAAUGGACUGCUUGUAUUAUUGCGAUUUUAUUCGUUGCGAUAUGACGAUAAUCUUUGACCAGUUCGU